AGAGAGAGGCACACAUCUUCUCAAACCAGAUUCCAUUCCCGGCUAUGGCUCGUCGCUGAGCCCCGCAAAGCAACAACGAGGAGGAGCCGCCGCCGCCGCCGCCGCGGUCGCCGGUCGCUCCGCUCCGGGCCCGCAAGCUUCAGACUCGAAACUCCAGCGGCCUUCGUAGGAGGGAAAAAAUAAAAUAAAAGGACCGGGAAGAAGCGUGGGGAAAGGGCCAGGCCAGGCCCGUUGGUGCUCUCGCCGGCCGGGAGAAAAAAUAAAAUAAAAUUAAGCAGCCCGGUUUGCAAGGCGCCGAAGAUUUAUAGGCCGGAGACGCGGGCGGAGGCGCAGUGCCAGUUUUUCAGAGGCGGCUUCUCGGGCGGAGGACUGGCGACCUUGGGCUCGCUGGAGCUCGGGGAGGCCCGGGACUGCUGGAGCGCUUGGCUUGAGGGGUUUCUUUCUUUUGAACGGGCCCGCCUGGAAGCCGUAAAAAGAGCUGGUUCGUAGCCGCAGAAAUGGGUUGACUUGAGCAAGGCCUCGGUCGGCGGCGCCUGGCAGAGAGGCGCUCUGCUCUGCAGACCGGACAGCCCGCUUCCCUUCUUCCCGGCAAAGAAAGCAGCAGCCUUGUUGUUUUUUCUCUCUCUCUGUUUCUGCAAAGCCCAGCAGGGCCACCGGGAGCUUAAGGCAUUGCUGGCAAAGGGUGUCCAUGGAGGGACUGUUUCAGGCCCUCAUCCUGCCCUCCCCAAGAGCAUCAGCCAAGCCUGGGCCCAUUUGCCGGAGGCUCCAAUAAAUUCACUGAGGAUUUCUCUCAGAUUGAUUCCUAAAAAGUUAACGUGACCAUGGGAGAUAUGAAGACUCCAGACUUUGAUGAUCUACUUGCAGCCUUUGACAUACCGGAUAUGGUUGACCCCAAAACGGCUAUUGAAUCUGGCCACGAGGAUCACGACAGCCACAUAAAGCAGAAUGUCCACCCAGAGGAUGAUUCCCACGCACCAUCCUCAUCUGACGUUGGUGUAAGUGUCAUUGUGAAAAACGUGCGGACAAUUGAUUCCUCGGAAGGAGCGGAGAAGGACAACCACCAUUCCACAGGCAACGGGUUGCACAACGGUUUCUUACCAGUAUCAGCUCUAGAAAGCUAUAAUAAAGAGGAAGACAAAUCGCUCAAAGACGAAGGCUCCAUCUCGGAAAAUACACUGAAAGAAUCUGCCUUUAACCAAUUUAGCCCUAUCUCAAGUGCUGAAGAGUUUGACGACGAUGAAAAAAUCGAGGUGGACGACCCCCCGGAUAAAGAGGACAUGCAUGGAAAUUUCAGAACAAACGUAUUAACAAGGUCUGUCUCCCAGCAGGACUAUGAGAAGUUAAAAGUACUCGGAGGAGAAAACUUGAUGAAGCACGGAGUUGCAGGUUCAGGUAAUUCUGAUAAGCCCAAGGUGUCUAAACGAGACUCGGAAACAAACCCAUCACCUUUAGGUCACUAUGAACCUUUUAAAGCUAGGAAAAUAGAUGACAAGUUGCUUAAAGAAAACUCAGAGAAACUCCUUGAAAACAGAGCUGUCGAUGGGAAAAUAAACACGGAGAAAGGAGAAGCAACCCUUACCAGUCUCUCCCAGACUAAAGCAAAAUCUUCAGCAAAACUCUCUUCCUGUAUUGCUGCCAUUGCAGCUCUAAGUGCUAAGAAAGCAGCCACGGAUACUGGCAAAGACCCACAAUCCAAUUCAAGGGGAUCCUCUCCCUUGCAGAAAGAUACCAGUGAAAGCCCCCGCACCGUGGACAAAUCCCCCGAAUCUCAGAGUCUCAUUGACUGUGCAAAAAAGGCCCCUGUCAAACAGCCAGACAGUCCCAGGAGUAUCUCCAGUGAAAACAGCAGCAAAGGUUCCCCGCCAUCGCCUGCAGGCUCAACGCCAGCCAUCCCCAAAGUGCGCAUCAAAACCAUCAAGACGUCCUCGGGGGAGAUCAAGAGAACGGUCACGCGUGUGUUGCCUGAAGUUGAUUUGGACAGCAAUCGGAAACCAGAGCAAGCAGCUUCCAUGGUGGCUUCUGUGACAUCAUUGCUGUCUUCCCCGACGUCUGCUGCAGUUCUUUCUUCUCCCCCAAGGGCACCUCUCCAAUCAACAGUAGCCAGCAACGCGGUGGCAUCUGCAGAGCUCACUCCCAAACAAGUCACCAUUAAGCCCGUGGCAACUGCUUUCCUUCCUGUUUCGGCUGUCAAGACGGCAGGCUCACAGGUGAUCAAUCUGAAACUUGCAAACAACACCACGGUGAAAGCCACUGUCAUAUCUGCUGCUUCGGUGCAAAGUGCCAGCAGUGCCAUCAUCAAAGCCGCCAAUGCCAUACAGCAGCAAACAGUUGUGGUGCCCGCCUCGAGCCUUGCCAGUGCAAAACUUGUGCCAAAGACGGUCCAUCUUGCCAACCUUAAUCUACUGCCUCAGAGUGCUCAGACCACCUCCGAACUCCGCCAAGUGCUCACGAAACCUCAGCAACAGAUCAAGCAGGCAAUAAUUUCUGCGGCGGCCUCUCAGCCUUCGAAAAAAGUGUCUCGGGUUCAGGUGGUGUCCUCUCUACAGAGCUCUGUCGUUGAGGCUUUCAACAAGGUGCUCAGCAGUGUUAACCCCGUCCCAGUUUAUAUCCCAAACCUUAGCCCUCCCAUAAACGCGGGCAUCGCUUUACCCACACGUGGUUACAAAUGCUUGGAAUGCGGUGACUCCUUCGCCCUUGAAAAAAGCCUGGCCCAGCACUACGACAGGAGGAGCGUGCGGAUCGAAGUCACCUGUAACCACUGCACAAAAAACCUGGUUUUCUAUAACAAAUGCAGCCUCCUUUCUCACGCACGGGGUCACAAAGAGAAAGGGGUGGUGAUGCAGUGUUCUCAUUUGAUCUUAAAGCCAGUUCCUGCCGAUCAGAUGAUAGCUUCUCCCACAAGCAAUAGUUCUGUUACGUCGUCCAUUCUUCAGAAUGCCACCGGAAUGGGCACCCACACCGUAACAAAGAUACAGUCUGGCAUAACUGGGACAGUCAUAUCAGCUCCUUCAAGUACGCCUGUUCCACCAGCCAUGCCUCUAGAUGAAGACUCUUCGAAGUUGUGCAGGCAUAGUCUGAAGUGUUUGGAAUGUAAUGAAGUUUUCCAAGAUGAAACAUCUUUAGCCACCCACUUCCAGCAGGCUGCAGACUCAAGUGGACAAAAGACCUGCAGUAUCUGCCAGAUGUUGCUUCCAAAUUUGUGCAGUUUUGCAUCACAUCAGAGGAUACAUCAGCAUAAAUCUCCAUAUACAUGUCCUGAAUGUGGGGCCAUUUGCAGAUCAGUCCACUUCCAAACUCAUGUCACAAAGAAUUGCCUGCAUUAUACAAGAAGAGUUGGAUUCCGAUGUGUCCAUUGCAAUGUGGUGUAUUCUGACGUGGCUGCACUCAAGUCCCAUAUUCAAGGUUCUCACUGUGAAGUCUUCUACAAGUGUCCUAUUUGCCCAAUGGCAUUCAAAUCAGCACCCAGCACCCAUUCCCAUGCCUAUACACAACAUCCUGGAAUCAAAAUAGGAGAGCCCAAAAUAAUAUACAAAUGUUCCAUGUGCGACACAGUGUUUACCCUGCAGCCGUUGCUGUAUCGUCACUUUGACCAGCACAUUGAAAACCAGAAAGUAUCUGUCUUCAAGUGCCCGGACUGCUCGCUUUUGUAUGCACAGAAACAACUCAUGAUGGAUCAUAUCAAGUCCAUGCAUGGGACGUUGAAAAGCGUUGAAGGCCCACCGAACCUCGGUAUCAAUUUGCCAUUGAGCACAAAGCCCACCAUCCAGAACUCAGUCAGCCACAACAAAGACGACUCGAAAUCCAUCAAUGGGACAGAAAAAGCAGAGAAGAAUUCCCCCACUUCUGUGAAGAAGGCAGAGCCCAAAAAGGGGUCUAAUCCUGGCUGGACAUGCUGGGAAUGUGAUCGGCUGUUUACUCAGAGAGAUGUGUAUAUAUCCCACAUGAGAAAAGAACACGGAAAACAAAUGAAGAAACAUCCUUGUCGACAGUGUGACAAAUCAUUCAGCUCAUCGCACAGCCUUUGCCGUCACAAUCGUAUCAAGCACAAAGGCAUCAGGAAAGUUUACACCUGCUCGCACUGCCCGGAUUCCAGAAGAACUUUUACUAAGAGAUUAAUGCUAGAAAAACAUAUUCAGCUGAUGCACGGGAUUAAGGAACCCGACGUGAAAGAAAUGGCAGAAUCAACGAACAUGGGAGAAAGUUCAAUCAAGGAAGACCCCAAGGUUCCCAGUCCAAAGCGUAAAUUAGAGGAGCCCGUGUUGGAAUUCAGGCCCCCUCGAGGGGCCAUCACCCAGCCGCUGAAGAAGUUGAAAAUCAAUGUUUUUAAAGUUCACAAAUGCGCCGUCUGUGGCUUCACCACCGAGAACCUGCUUCAGUUCCACGAACAUAUUCCCCAGCACAAAUCUGAUGGCUCCUCCUAUCAGUGCAGGGAAUGCGGUCUUUGUUACACGUCCCAUGUCUCUUUGUCUAGGCAUCUCUUCAUUGUCCAUAAGCUGAAGGAACCUCAGCCUGUUUCGAAACAGAAUGGCUCUGGAGAAGACAGCCAGCAGGAGAACAAGGCCGGCCCUGAGGAGGAAUCCACGGAUCGAUCCACCUCUGACAGGAAAUGCAAAGUGUGUGCAAAGACCUUUGAAACGGAAGCUGCCUUAAACACCCACAUGAGGACACACGGCAUGGCUUUUAUUAAAUCCAAAAGAAUGAGUUCAGCUGAAAAAUGACCCUGCUCCUUUCUUCCAUCCCAUAAGCAUCUUCCAAAAGUUGGAGGGGGAAAAAGAAAAAAAAAAAGAAAUCAGCCUUUCUACUUCAGAAUGGAGUUGACUUUUUCUUUGGGGG